AUGAAAUUCAGAAAUGAUUUUUGCUACAUACUCGGCGAGAUUGUAGAUAAUUGUUCUAUCGAUGAAAAUGAAUAUUCCCUCGAUAUUGUUACGGACAUAGUCAUGUUAUGCGUUUGGCCGGAAAUCAUACACAUUUCACAUUGGUUAGAAGAUGUCGAAUUUUACCCAGUCCGUGAAAAUUUUAUAUUCAAAAGUAUCAUGUUAGAUAUUAUAAAUAAAAUGUUUAUAAAUUUAUCUUCAAAAAUCAAGUUUCAACAACUCAACACGUUUUUGAUAAAACAAUUUAUAACGCUCGUGGAUUUUAAGUAUUCGAAAAAUAUUUAUGGCGAUAAUUUGCAUACCAUUUUAAAUCGGUCGUUGUUAAAUUUACCAUAUUUAUUAUUGAACUCUGUCGAUAGUUUGAUAAAAACUAAAUGCUGCAAUGAAUUAUUAGCUUUGAUUAAGUCAUUGAAGUAUCAAAACAAUUUUUCCUGCACGAUGGUCAAUGCUAUAAUUUGCAUAGGAAUCGUUUCAAAUGACGAUUACGAUAUCCUUAGGAAGUUUAAGGCUCUCAAAGCUGACUUAUUGAUCAAUUCUGUAAUAUUGGAUACGUUGAAAACCCAAAGUUUUAAUUUUCAAGACGUUUGCCAGUACGGAUUAAAUACAUUGAACGUGUUUUUCCGAGAGAAUCAGCAAAAUCCCGAAGCUCAACCGAUGGUUUUUAAUAUGGUAUCGAGUAUGCUCAAAAUGUACUUUGACGAAAAUUCUGUCAGAAACAUUAAUCAAAAUAUUUUGUUGGAUUUGUUGCAUUUUAUUAAAAACGCUAUAAUUUGUUACAAUGACCAAGUUGAACUGUUUAUCAAAGCUAGAGGAAUAGAACACAUAUUGAACGCCUUAACCAUUUCAAAAUAUCCCAUGCAGCUAGUAAUGCUGUCGACACUCGUGGAUUUAGUCGUAUUCAAAUCAGCCAAAUGUCGUAUUAAGAAGUGGAAAUCCACCAAGACAGGAAAAGGUUAUUUGGAAUUGGUGUGCGAGAUUUGGAGACGAGAAUUAGUCCGGUUUAACUUCAUAGAUGACGAAUUUAUAUUCGAGGAGCAACGGGACGCGACCACAGCGACAAACAUAGCCAGCCUUUGCAGUCCGACGGUGGAGUCCAUGUUCCUGUGUGCCCAGCCGAAGAUUUAUUUGCUUGUGCAGCUAGUCGAGUUCGCCGGGUUGGCAAAUGCUCGGCUGCACGAAAGGUCCUGGGACGAGCCCGACAACGAUAUCGAGGAAAGCACGAUUCGGGCUUGCGGUCUGGUGUCCGGUCUCCAGGAUAAAGCCACCGUGGCGCACAUUUAUCACUAUUAUUCGUUGAAAGUCGGAGAGGUCUGGAAUGAAAACUAUAUCGUCGCGACCACCGGUAACGCCGACGGCGUGGAGUUGUCACCCGCCAUAUCGCAGUCAGCCGAUGCCAUGGCCGUCCGGCACGCGUACUUAAUCGCGUUGAUCACAAUGAUCAAAAGCCGUGUCACUGAACUGCACGUGGGCAAGUCGGAAAUCGAACUAGAAAAAAAACUGUACGAAGAAAUAAGACAUUAUAAUAAUUUUAAAGCUCACUAUAAUGACGCGUGUGUGACACGAAAUGCACUCACAUAA